AUAAAUACACCUAAUCUGCCAGUCCCUCCCGCAUUGUCACAGAGAAUAUCGGCAGCGUUUCGGAGACUUCAGGAUCUUUUACCCCUUCAACUUGUGCUGUCGGGAUGACUACUGUGCAUCUUCCUCACUUCAGAUCCAGGAAAACCACACCUUUGACCCGUCACCUCCUUCUCCUUCUCCUGCUGCUCAUUGGGUCCGGAGGGGCUCUGGGUGGCGCUGGAGGCAGGAGAAGAGCCGAGGGGAGGACCAGGACCGGCUCCGGGGGUGGGAGCAGGUCUAGCGGACACCGACGGGCCCACGCCGGAGCCGGCAAAGAAACAGGACUCGAGGACGCGGACGCUUUCAGAUCGGCAGCCGGAGAAGGAGUUGGAGGAGGGGAGGCCAGAGCCUGGGCUGAAACCGACACUGCGGCCGACACCGUGGGUGGAUCUAUGACCGCAGUCGGUGGAGGACUGUGGGAGCCCCCCAGCUCCUCUCGCUGCGUCCCCAUCCCCCCCAGCAUGGCCCUGUGCCGGGGCAUCGGCUAUGACACCAUGCGGACGCCCAACCUGCUGGCCCACGAGUCCCCCGGUGAGGCCGUGCAGCAGAGCGCCAGCUGGUUGCCCCUGCUUGCGCGGGAGUGCCACUCCGACGCCCGCUUCUUCCUCUGCUCUCUCUUCGCACCCAUUUGCCUCGACAGGUUUGUAUUCCCCUGCCGAAGUUUGUGCGAGUCUGUGCGGGACAGCUGUGCACCGAUCAUGGCCUGCUACGGUUACCCCUGGCCGAGUAUUCUGCGCUGUGACCAAUUUCCUGCAGACCACCUCAUGUGCAUCUCAUCCAUCACAAACACCAGUGUUGAAGCUGGGGGACGCAGAGUCCCUCAGGCCAGCUGUCGGGAUUGUGAGCUGGAAGUGGCUUCUUCUGCUAAGGAUACCUUGGACACAUUUUGCAGGAAUGACUUUGUGGUUAAACUGCGUUUGAUACGGCUCAAGUUCAGCGCCACAAGUUUGGCCCAGUUCUCCCUGGGCUCAAAGCUGGAGGUUCUGAAGCACGGGCCCCUACUGGGCGGACAGAUCCGCUCCCGCGUCCAACAGUGGCUGGAGAGAGACGCCACGUGCGUCGGGAACAUGUCGCGGCACCAGUCUGGCGGGGGCACCUUCCUGGUGACGGGGACGGUGCACGGGGAACGCUUGGUGGUCACCAAGGCGUUCGCCUGGCUGAAACGCCACAAGAACCUAGUGGCCGCCGUGCGCAAAUGGAAACGUCACCAGUGCAAGAGCUAAGUGGUGUGUUUAAGCUACAGAUGAUAGGGUGAGGAACAGCGGACACCCCCAGGACCUGUAAAUAGGUACGGUCAAAGAUAUCUUGUGGUCAGCUCCGACCACAUCACCACGACGUCACCUCUUUUUUCUGAUCUUGUUAAGCGACGUCAAAAUGUACAAGAUGAAGUCAGUCUGAGACAGGGGGUCUUAGAUAUUACAAAUAUUGGGUGGGAGCUCAUUCAGUGAAUGAGAAAAUUCCAAAGGUUUGCUGAAAAUGUAUGUAUGUGUAUAUAUAUAUACAUAAAUAAAACAUGUUAAUAUAUAUUAUAGGCCAUUGACGUAUUUUGUAAUGUUAACCUUAAUUGUUCAUUCAUUCAAACUAUAUUCUAAGAUCUACGUAUGAUUUAUUUGAUAUUCGUGGGUGAGUAUAUGUUGUAUGUUAUGUUGUGGGUAAGAUGUGGAGACAUUCUAGAAUAAACCAGUAUUUACAAUGUCCUUACCAAAGAGCAGAGGCUUCAGGCUGAGAGUUUUCAUCUCAUGAGUUUUCUCAGGCAUAAGAGACACACGUUGAACAUGGCCAACCUAAACAUGCAGAAAGAAAAACGUCAUUGACAACAUAGUCAUCAGCAUCCUUUUUAAGACUAAUGAUAACAUUGAUGUUAGUGGGCAAUAAUUUAUAGAAACUCCAAAUACACAAACGCUUGGAUGUUCAAACCACUCACUCUUAUUCCUUCAAUGCGGGGGAGACUGUAACUUUGGCGGUAUUUGUUCAUUUCGAGGACUUGGUCCGGGGGGGCAGCAUGGGGCAAGGGGCUUCCAUCCUCGGCGACGGUCUCCGUGGAAGACCCUUCUACACUAGCAAGAUCCCCUGGGCCGUUGUUGUAGUGGACGUAGAGGAGAAGCGCAA